AUGACACUUCAACCCAACGCCGACCUCCUGUCCAAAGAGCAUCGGGCGCUCUUUGACAUUAUUGAUAAACUUCGCUCCCACGGAAUCGGACAAGUCGUCGACCUCCCUGAGAUCAUUGUCUGUGGAGACCAAUCAGCCGGCAAAAGCUCGGUGCUCGAGGCUAUUUCGGGCCACCCAUUUCCAACCAGAGAUGGCCUUUGCACACGAUUCGUGACUGAGCUGGUUCUUCGCUGGGAUCACGUCGACAAGUUCAAAGUGUUCAUCAAGCCAGGUCCUGAGCGCACCGUCGAAGAUGCCGUCAGACUGCGAGAAUUUUGCGACAAGCUUCCACCCAACGUCCCUCUGGAUCAAGUCAUUGAGGCUGCCAAGGAUGCGAUGGGGCUUGGUACGUCCAAGCGAUUCAGCACCGAUGUACUCCGCGUCGAGAUCAGCGGUCCAAACCAAGCGCACUUGACUAUGGUGGACUUGCCUGGCCUUUUUCGGGCUGGCAGCUCCCAGCAGUCGGUCGAGGAUGUCAAGAUAGUUGGGAACAUGGUCCGCAAAGCAAUGUCACGACCACGCAGCAUCAUCCUCGCCGUCGUUUCAGCAAGCAACGAGUUCAACAAUCAGGAGGUGACCGAACUGGCGCGAAAGAUGGACCCCCAGAGAGUUCGUACCCUCGGUCUCAUCACAAAGCCUGACAAGCUCGAGGAGGGCUCCGAAUCGGAAAGAAACUACCUCAACCUUGUACGAAACCAGGACGUCGUCCUUGAGCUUGGCUGGCACGUCCUCCGGAACCAGGGUCACCGUGUCAUGAACUCGGAGAAUGGCGUCACUUCUCGCGACGAAGUGGAAAGGGAUUUCUUUUCCCAAGGCGCCUGGCGCAGUAUCGAUGCAUCAAGCCUUGGUGUAGCCGCCCUCCGUAAACGUCUUAGCGCCGUCUUGUGGAAGCAAAUCUUGCACCACCUCCCGAGUCUCCGCGAGGAAAUGGAAGAUCGCAUCCGCGAAUGCGAGGAGACCCUUUUGAAGCUAGGCGACUCACGCGAAACAGUACCCAAGCAGCGCAGGUACCUGCUCGGUGUAAGUCAGAGGUUCUGCCAGCUCAUGACUGCCGCCGUCGAGGGGAAUUACAGCGAUGCAUUCUUUGCAGAUGCCGACUCGGACGAGGGCUACGCAAAGCGCAUCAGGGCCGUGGUGCAGAGCUCGCUGCGAGAUUUUAAGGAUAUCAUGAUUCGUGACGGAAAGACAGAAGUCAUUUCGGACUAUGAAAUCCCAACUGAAGGACACCGACGGCCUGCAAACUCGAAUUUGGUCGCGCGGUCCGAAUAUAUCAAGCGUGUCGUCAGAUUAAUGGACCGGAGCAAGGGCCGCGAGCUUCCUGGGACCUUCAACCCCAUUAUUGUGCAAGACCUUUUCAAGGAGCAGUGUCGGCCCUGGAAGGCGAUUGUGGCAGAUACAACGGACUUGGUGGUUGCUGCCGUGACGACGACGGCCAUGGCCAUCCUUUACCACGUUGCUCUACCAAAGACUGUGAGCGGCAUCUCGGCCAUCAUCCACGAGGGCAUAGGCUCGCUCAAGUUAGAAGUUGAGGCCAAGAUUGAAGAGCUUCUGGCACCGCACUACAAAGGCCAUCCCAUUACUUACAACCAUUACCUGACGGACAUGGUUCAAAAGGCCCAGGCCCAACGUCGGCGCAAGAAUUUGGAGAAGUUUGUCGAAUCCAACCUGACAUUAAAACAGCUAAAAACGAAUUCCUCUCAGGCCUUUACGUUUGGCGGGCUUGUGGAAUUGCUGUCGAAAAUGGAAACCAUUGAACCUGACAUGGAGCAGCAAGCUAGUGGGCUCGCGGUCGCCCUCAAGAGGAUCAUCGAUGAAGUUAGCGACCUGGCUGUCGAGCGCCAGCUCAUCUGUUUUCUGCCCUCACUCUUCACGCCGGAAACGGUUUACGAUCUGAGCGACGAAGAGGUAUCUGCACUGGCUGCCGAGGAUGAGCAGGCAGCCGCAGAGCGAGUCCGAUGCAGUGAACUACUUUCUGCACUCCAUGCAAGUAUGGUGGAGCUGAAGCGACUCGACGGUCACCGGACCGCUGCUUACAAAGGUCUAGAUUCCACACCCGCAUCGUCCUCUUCAGACCCACCGUCUCCUUACGUGUACUCACAGUCACCCACCCCAGAGCCAAGGGAAGAAGAUAGGAGCCCUCCCCCCGUGCCAGUCCUUGCGAGUCCACAAGAGAGGGACGCAGAGGACGAGGUUCCCCUCGAUCCUCCGGCUGAUCCAGAGCCUCCAGAACCUGAGGAUGAUUGUUGGAGGUUGCCAACCAAGAAGGAUAAGAAGAAGAGGAAGAAGUCCUCUAUCAUAGCGUGGCCCGAACCCGAACGCUCUAUAGAGGCAGCUCCGUUUGAGUUCGAAUAA